CCGCUCCCUCGGUCCCUCCCCUCGUUAUCACUCGUAGCGUCCGGUGCAUCCACAAGUCUUCUAGAGGAAGAUAGUAGCAGCAGCAGCAGGAGCCAGCUAGCGAGCAACGAGCGGCAGCCAUGGCGUCCACCUCCUGCUUCCUCCUCCAGUCCACCGCUCGCCUCGGCGCCGCCGCCGCCUCGGCGCGCCCCCAGGUGCCGCGGGCCCAGCUCGUCUGCAAGGCGCAGAGGCAGGACGCCGCCGCCGAGAGCGGUGACGCCGCCGCGGUCACCCGCCGCGCCGCGCUCACGCUCCUCGCCGGCGUCGCCGCCGUCGGCGCCAAGGUGAGCCCCGCCGCCGCCGCCUACGGAGAAGCAGCCAACGUGUUCGGGAAGCCCAAGGCGAACACGGACUUCAUCGCCUACAGCGGCGACGGGUUCAAGCUGCUGAUCCCGUCCAAGUGGAACCCCAGCAAGGAGCGCGAGUUCCCCGGCCAGGUCCUCCGCUACGAGGACAACUUCGACGCCAACAGCAACGUCUCCGUCAUGGUCCAGCCCACCACCAAGAAGACCAUCACCGAGUUCGGCUCCCCGGAGCAGUUCCUCGCCCAGGUCGACUACCUCCUCGGCAAGCAGGCCUACAGCGGCAAGACUGACUCCGAGGGCGGGUUCGAGACCGACGCGGUGGCGACAGCCAACAUCCUGGAGAGCUCGGCGCCGGUGGUGGACGGGAAGCAGUACUACAGCGUGUCGGUGCUGACGAGGACGGCGGACGGCGACGAGGGCGGCAAGCACCAGCUCAUCACGGCCACCGUCUCGGACGGCAAGCUCUACAUCUGCAAGGCGCAGGCCGGCGACAAGAGGUGGUUCAAGGGCGCCAGGAAGGGCGUCGAGAAGGCGGCCAGCUCCUUCAGCGUCGCAUAAGCAUUCUUUUCCUUGGUUUUCAGGGGUGCACCGUGUGUACGCAGAUAGAGAGGUUGGGCUGGGCAUGCAUGUGUGCUCCUUUGAUUGUACAUGAGAACAAAGGCCAAGGAGAGCAAGGAUUCAUUUCUGCUCUCAUCCACGAUGUCUAAGAACUCUUAGUAUCUUAAUGCUUCGUUUUUGUAUCUUGCUGUGAGCUCUAGGUAGGGGGUGCGUCAUCAUAUACCAGUACUUCUUUCCAUCAUCUAAAAGUA